CAAAAACAUCCAUCGCCGCCACGUCUCUUCAAUUUAGGUUCAUUUAAGAACUAUCGUUCCAUCGGAAUCUUCCUCUUCUCCUAUUCUUCCUCCAUCUAUUGCUUUGAACUAGAUUGAUCUUUGUUCAUCUCUUUAUACCAUAUUCGCCAUGUCUUCUUCUCUUGAACAGCUCAAGGCAACUGGCACCGUUGUCGUUUGCGACUCCGGUGACUUCGCCACCAUCGACAAGUACAAGCCCCAGGAUGCCACCACCAACCCUUCUCUCAUCCUGGCUGCCUCCAAGAAGCCCGAGUACGCCAGCCUGAUCGACGCCGCCGUUGAGAAGGGUAAGAAGCAGGGCGGUUCUGUGGACGACCAGGUUGACGCCACCCUCGACUACCUCCUGGUCGAGUUUGGCAAGAAGAUCCUCGACAUUAUUCCCGGAAAGGUCUCGACUGAGGUCGACGCCCGCUUCUCCUUUGACACAAAGGCCUCGGUUGACAAGGCUCUUCACAUCAUCAAGCUCUACGAGGAGGCCGGUAUCUCCAAGGACCGCAUUCUCAUUAAGAUCGCCUCAACCUGGGAGGGUAUCCAGGCCGCUCACAUCCUGCAGUCCCAGCACGGCAUCAACUGCAACCUGACUCUUAUGUUCUCUCUUGUUCAGGCUAUUGCUGCUGCUGAGGCUGGUGCCUUCCUCAUCUCUCCUUUCGUCGGCCGUAUCCUCGAUUGGUACAAGGCCGCUCACAAGCGCGACUUCUCGAAGGAGGAGGAUCCCGGUGUCAAGUCUGUCCAGAGCAUCUUCAACUACUACAAGAAGUUCGGCUACAAGACCAUCGUUAUGGGUGCCUCUUUCCGUAAUGUCGGUGAGAUCACCGAGCUCGCCGGUUGCGACUACUUGACCAUCUCCCCCGGUCUCCUUGAGGAGCUCUACAACUCCAAGGACGCCGUUCCCAAGAAGCUCGACGCUGCCUCCGCCACCACCCUCGACAUCACCAAGCGCAGCUACCUCAACGACGAGGCCCUGUUCCGCUUCGACUUCAACGAGGAGGCUAUGGCCGUCGAGAAACUCCGUGAGGGUAUCUCCAAGUUCGCCGCCGACGCUGUCACCCUUAAGGACAUCCUGAAGCAGAAGGUCCAGGCGUAGAUGAAUGAACCAUGAAUGAAAAGGCACCGGCUGCCGCGUGAUGAGACCAAUUUCGUUAUGUAAAAAUUUGGCGACUUGCAAAAACUUGCUUUGUUUUAGAAGAUACGAGUUACGGAAUAUCACUUCUUAUAUAAGUUC